ACCCAAUAUCCCCCAUCAGUUUUCCAUGCAGCUGCCAGAGUGCCCCCAAAGCAAACCUCAUCUCAGGACUCUGUGGCCAGGCCCUCACAACCUCCUGCCAGGCUCUCGCUACCUACCCAUCAACAGCAAGACUCCCAGGCCAUCUCAAUCCCCCCAAAGAGCCCUGUUCCUCCAGCCCCACGGCUUCUGUUCACCUGCCGUGAUGUCCCCGCCUCUGCCCACCCACUCAUCCUGCAGAUCUGGAGCAGCAUUCCAGGGCCUGCCCAUCACCUCUUCAUGGCCACUGCCUGCCAGGAGGCUAACUACGGUGCCCUCCUCCAGGAGCUCUGCCUCACCCAGUUCCAGGUAGACAUGGAGGCCGUCGGGGAGACGCUGUGGUGUGACUGGGGCAGGACCAUCAGGAGCUACAGGGAGCUGGCCGACUGCACCUGGCACAUGGCGGAGAAGCUGGGCUGCUUCUGGCCCAACGCAGAGGUGGACAGGUUCUUCCUGGCAGUGCAUGGCCGCUACUUCAGGAGCUGCCCCAUCUCAGGCAGGGCCGUGCGGGACCCGCCCGGCAGCAUCCUCUACCCCUUCAUCAUGGUCCCCAUCACGGUGACCCUGCUGGUGACGGCACUGGUGGUCUGGCAGAGCAAGCGCACUGAGGGCAUUGUGUAGGCGGGGCCCAGGCUGCCCGCAGGUGCACCCAGGCUGCAGGGUGAGGCCAGGCAGGCCUGGGCAGGGGCAGCUUCUGGAGCCUUGGGACAGAGCAGGCCCACAAUGCCCCCCUUCUUCCAGCCAAGAAGAGCUCACAGGAGUCCAGAGUAGCCGAGGCUCUGGUAUUAACCUGGAAGCCCCCCUGGCUGGAGGCCACCGCCACCCUAGGAAGGGGGCAGGGACGUGACCUUGACUUACCUCUGGAAAGGGUCCCAGCCUAGACUGCUUACCCCAUAGCCACGUUUGUGGAUGAGUGGUUUGUGAUUAAAAGGGAUGUUCUUGAA